AUGCAGGCGAAUUCAACUGCUAGAGACCGUAGUCCGUCGGUGUAUUCUCGCUCGGGAAACGCGUCUCCGAGUCGCCCAUCCACGCCCAGCUCCUUUGAAUGUUUUCUUACAUUACAAGGUGGUCGCAGCUCCGCAUUGGAGGCAUUGCCGUCGACUAUCCAACAAGCCAAACAGAAGCCCCUGACAGAAAGUGAAGAGUAUCAGAGGGCGAUUUUUGACGCAUCUUUUCUCAAGGCUGAGAAUGAGUGGCUUCGCCGAUCGCGAAAGUCGGCAGCGGCGCUUCACGAGGGCACGGUUGUACCAUCAGCAGAACUGCUCAAUCUCAGUGCGAAUGACAUCCAGGAAGCCCUCACAUGUUUUCACAUUGGCUUUGCUGCUGCAGAACAAUUAAUUCACCGCUCCAGGCACUCUGCAGCAGCUGAUGUCGCAAUCACUUUACAAGAGCUGAUCCCCGCCUUCGAACAAUGUCGAAGGGGAUUGGACAGCUUACGCACUGCUGCGGCGAACCUUGAAGAGGGAGGAAGGACAUUUUCUGCACAGAUCCAGAAAUCGAAUCGCAGCUACGCUGAAUUCUUUGGUAUCAACUACGAUCAAAGCAUCGCGCCGGCUGCCGGACCGCGGACAAGGAGGACUAGGUGA